GAUUCUUUUAUUUCUCUCUUCUUCUCUCCCCCCCCCCCCUUCUCUCUCUCUCUCUGUCCUCUCCUCCUCCCUCUCGCUCCCUCCCCCUUUAUUCCAUUGGGGAAGCCGGAUUUGUGGCCGUGCUGGGGAGGGGGGGGGGGAGAGAGGGAGAGCGAGAGAGCGAGCAAGAGCCAUGGAUGGCCCGACACGAUGCAACGGGCUUCGGAGAAAGAGGAGAUCCAGAUCACAGAGAGAUCGGGAGAGGCGAUCCAAAGGCGGAUUAGGAGGGGCCGCCGCCGGUGGGGCCAGCAGGACCAGGGCUGCUUCGGUCCUCUCUUCCUCAGGCUCGGAGAAGGAAGACAAUGGGAAUCCACCAUCGUCCCGACCCAGACCCCCCAGGAGGAAGAGGCGAGAGCCCUCCUCGGCAGAAGAAGACAUUAUCGAUGGCUUUGCAAUGUGCAGCUUUGUCACUUUUGAAGCUUUGGAGAAGGACGUAGCACUGAAGCCUCAGGAACGUGUGGAAAAGCAUCAGAAUCCUCUGGCCAAGAAGAAACGGGAAGCACUUACCAAUGGGCUGUCGUACCAUCCAAAAAAGCACAGACUUAACCAUCACCAGUACAGCUCAGACCGGGAAAAUGACCGCAAUCUUUGCCAACACCUUGGGAAAAGGAAGAAAUUACUGAAGGGACUCAGACAGCUCAAGCCAGGUCAGAACAGUUGCCGAGACAGUGACAGUGAAAGUGCAAGUGGAGAAUCAAAAGGAUUCCAUCGGAGCAGCUCUCGGGAAAGACUCAGUGACAGCUCAGCUCCUUCCAGCUUGGGAACAGGCUACUUUUGUGACAGUGACAGUGAUCAAGAAGAGAAGGCAUCUGAUGCCAGCUCUGAAAAACUAUUCAACACUGUUACAAAUAAAGGUAAAGAAUUAGGUGUCAGUACGCUAGCUGAAAAUGACAACCAAGAUGCGAGGGGGCCGGCUGUCCCGAAAAUAUCAGGCUUAGAAAGGAGUCAAGAGAAGAGCCAGGACAGCAACAAAGAACCAAUCCUCGAGCCUGUGGUGCCUAAAGACGCUUGUGCUCAGGUUUCUCAGCCUUUGGCCCAACAUCUUUUGGAGCCGCAGCCUGAAGCGCCUUCCCCAAGCCCUGUACUGGUUCAGUGUACGGAGGCUCCUGCCCAGCCGCCACAGUCUCAAGCCUCACAGCCGCUGCAAGGCCCAGAAGAAGCCCAGCGUCCGCCUGCGCCUCAGCCUCAAGUACAACGUCCGCCCAGGCCCCAGUCCCCUCUGCAGCCUGUCCAUCAAAACCUGCCGCUGGUGCAGCCUCACCCUUCCUCACAGAGUCUCUCUCAGCCUUUGUCAGCGUAUAACAGCAGCAGCUUAAGCCUCAACAGUUUAAGCAGCAGCAGAAGCAGUACUCCAGCCAAGACUCAGGCCCCUCCCCCACACAUAUCCCACCACCCCUCCGCUUCACCGUUUCCCCUCUCUUUACCCAGCCACAGUCCAUUGCACACCUUCACGCCCACCCUCCAACCUCCUGCUCACCCGCAUCACCCCAAUAUGUUUGCCCCUCCUACGGCUUUGCCUCCUCCACCUCCAUUGACUUCAGGGACACUGCAGGUUGCAGGACAUCCAGCUGGUAGUACUUACUCAGAGCAAGAUCUUCUUCGUCAGGAACUCAACACACGAUUUUUGGCCUCCCAGAGUGCAGAUCGUGGGGCCUCUCUGGGGCCACCGCCCUACCUGAGGACCGAGUUCCACCAGCAUCAGCACCAGCACCAGCACACACACCAACAUACACACCAGCAUACCUUCACGCCUUUCCCCCACGCCAUCCCGCCCACUGCCAUCAUGCCAACGCCAGCACCGCCCAUGGUGCGUACCCCAGGCAGAAAUUUUGACAAAUACCCUACAAAAGUUGACCCCUUCUACCGUCACAGUCUGUUUCACUCCUAUCCUCCAGCUGUAUCAGGUAUUCCUCCCAUGAUUCCUCCCACUGGUCCUUUUGGCUCACUGCAAGGAGCAUUUCAACCUAAGACUUCCAAUCCUAUUGAUGUCGCAGCCAGACCAGGAACUGUCCCACAUACCCUCCUGCAGAAAGACCCCAGGUUGACAGAUCCGUUCAGGCCCAUGUUGAGGAAACCUGGAAAGUGGUGUGCUAUGCACGUUCAUAUCGCCUGGCAGAUAUACCAUCACCAACAAAAAGUCAAGAAACAGAUGCAGUCUGAUCCACACAAGCUGGACUUUGGCCUGAAACCUGAGUUUCUGAGCCGGCCACCAGGUCCCAGCCUCUUCGGAGCCAUCCACCACCCCCAUGACUUGGCCCGCCCCUCAACUCUCUUCUCUGCAGCCGGUGCUGCGCAUCCAGCUGGCACCCCUUUUGGCCCUCCGCCCCAUCAUAGCAACUUUCUCAACCCAGCCGCUCACUUAGAGCCUUUUAAUAGACCAACUACGUUCACCGGUCUCGCUGCAGUGGGUGGUAAUGCCUUCGGGGGACUUGGGAACCCGACAGUUACACCCAACUCAAUGUUCGGCCACAAGGAUGGCCCCAGUAUGCAGAACUUUAGCAACCCUCACGAACCCUGGAACCGACUGCACCGAACUCCUCCUUCGUUCCCGACCCCUCCGCCCUGGCUGAAGCCAGGAGAGCUGGAGCGCAGUUCAUCUGCUGCAGCUCAUGACAGAGAUAGAGAUGUAGAUAAACGAGACUCAUCUGUUAGUAAAGAUGACAAAGAAAGGGAGAGUAUUGAGAAAAGACACUCCAGUCAUCCUUCGCCAGCACCCAUCCAUCCAGUGAACUCCCUCGGACAUAACCGCAGCUCAGCUGAGCAGAUCAGGAGCCAUCUCAAUCCUGAGAUUCGAGAGAAAGAGAAACCCAAAGAACGAGAGAGGGAUCACUCUGAAUCUCGGAAGGACGUGAAUGUUGAAGAACACAAGGUGAAGGACAACUACUCUUCAGAGAAAGAAGGCUUGGGCCAUGAAAGCAGGGCAGUGGAAGAGUCUAAGCAAAUGUCCAGGGUACCUUCACCCUUCGCUAGGCCCCCUGUUGUGGAGAGCACCAGGCCCAAUAGUACUUCCAACCGUGAGGCUGAGAGAAAGAGUGAGCCAGCAUACGAUAAUCAGAAGAAAAGUAGCGAAGUCAAAGUGAAGGAGGAACGGAAGGAAGACCAUGAUGUUCCACCUGAGGGACCUCAGACUCAUAGGUCAUCUGACCAGCCACCACCGAUAUCUACAUCCAACGUCCAUCCAGGUCCCUUAGUGUCUAUGCCUAUGACUGUAGGUGUAACUGGUAUACACCCCAUGAACAGCAUCAGUGGCCUGGACAGGACUCGCAUGAUGACACCUUUUAUGGGAAUAAGCCCAAUCCCAGGCGGAGAACGGUUUCCCUACCCGUCUUUCCACUGGGAUCCGAUGAGGGAUCCUUUGAGAGAUCCUUACAGAGAGCUUGAUAUUCAUCGGAGAGACCCUCUGGGCAGAGACUUUUUGCUAAGAAAUGAUCCCCUUCAUCGUCUUUCCACACCAAGAUUAUAUGAAGCCGAUAGGUCGUUCAGGGACAGGGAACCUCAUGACUACAAUCACCACCACCACCACCACCACCAUUCUCUGUCCAUGGAUCCUCGACGUGAGCAUGAGAGGGGCAACCACUUGGAUGAGAGGGAACGGUUGCACAUGCUCAGAGAGGACUAUGAACACGCACGCCUGCACUCAGUUCACCCUGCCGCCUUGGAUGGUCACCUGCCUCACCCGAGUUUAAUCACCCCUGGACUUCCCAGCAUGCACUAUCCCAGAGUCAGUCCCCCAACAGGACACCAGAAUGGGAUUCUCAAUAAAACUCCUCCCACAGCAGCUCUCAGUGCCCCUCCUCCUCUUAUUUCCACUCUGGGACCUCGGCCUGGGUCUCCCAGAAGGACUACUCCUCUGUCUACAGAGAUGAGAGAGAGGCCUCCUUCUCACACCCUUAAGGACAUUGAAGCUCGAUAAAGAGAAUUAGAAAUAAGGAGAUACUGAACAUGGUAUAAAGACCUUCUUGCUAGUCAUUGACACAGACUGUGGAUGUGAUCCCGCUGUACAAAAUGUAUAGACCCAAGCGCAAAGGUUUUGAAAUGGGUUUUUUGUAUAUGCUAUGUUGAAAUUUUCCAGAUCUUUUAGCCAAGUCCAUAUGUUCCUUAUGUCUCCUACUCUAUUUUAUUUCUAGUUUAAAAUUUUCAAAAUUUGAACUGAAGAACAAGACAUCAAUCAUCAUAAUUUGGUUAAAAACAAACCAACAACAACAACCGUACAAAGUUCUUUCAGACCAGAAGUGAAGACAAUUGUAGAUAUCUAUGUAAAAAGAUUGCUUCAUGGGUUAAUGGUUCAUAUAUGCAAAAAGGGUAAGAUGAAAGCUUUACUUUGUACAAAUGUAAAUAGAUAAAAUUAAGUAACAUAAAACAUUAAUACUUCUUAAACUGUGCUAUUUGCAAACUUAAUAUUGAUCAACACAGUUUGCUUAGACUGUGUUACAUAUAUUGUUAUAGACAGCUAAACCCCUUCAACUAUGCAAUGAAUUUUAAGGCUUUUCACAAAAGCCUGUAUAACUCAAAGGAGCCUUUUCAACACACAACUUACUUAAAGUCAUAUUUUCCCUGAACAAGCUCAUCUAUUACAUAAAUCUGUUUUCCUUGCAUAUUUUGAUGACGAAACGACCCAUUAGAAGUGUAGUUUUCCAUAUGAACCCUGGCAUCAAGUUGCUAAUGUUACCAUAGUACAUAUCAUUUCUGAGAUCUUGUUCAGGUUAGCAAAAUAUAAUCACUGACAACAUAGUGUCUAAUAUGAUGUAUGGUUUUUCAGUUCUAUUAACCUGGAUUAAACAGAAUAACAAUCAAAUGUGAGAUACUUCCCGGAACUUUUGUCACUUAACAUGUCAAGUUUAUUUUUGGAAGAACAUCUGGUUAUAGCUAUUUGAGUCUGUUGUUAUGAUCAGUGUGUCAUUUUUAUCUGUACACACACUUUUUUUGGGGGGGGGGGGGGUUAAGGCAAUUUAGCUACACUGAAACAAAUCCUACAAGAAAUCUAAUACUUUCCUAAAAUGAUGGAUGUGUUUUCACUGCGGCUCAGAAGUUUAGUCUAAACUCCAAUGCAGAUUUCAUAAUGCAGUUUAUGUGUUUCAGUUGGUAAUAAAGUCUGUGAAUAGCUAAUAGGUCAGCUUUGUUUUUCCCGAUCACAGGAGAAAUGGCCCUUUUAAAAAAAAUGCAUCAAUCUUCUGAAAUUUCUGUCUUUUCAUAACACACUAUUUUAUAAUGCAUUACAUUUCUUGUCUAAAUAUUUGGAGAGAAUAUGACUUUAUCAGAAAGAAUACAAUAUCUUGUCUACUGGACUGUAAAAUAUAUGUAUGAAAUAAAAUUAGUUCCAUUGGUCUUCUAGUGUAUUAAAGUGCUAUCUGAAGUUGUUAUCCUGUUUUGGCAAAAAAAAAAAGAAAAGAAAAAGAAAAGAAAAAAAAAGUCUAACUACAGACAGUUGUUUCUAAUGAUCAGAGAUCUAUUUUAGUAGUCAACUGAAGGUUUAGUUGUGAGCUUCAGAUUUUGUGAACUCCAGAUGUUGUGCAGUGUUUUUUUUUUUUUAAAGAACAAAAGGAAAAAAAAUUAAAAAAACAAAAACAAACAAAAAAACAAAAACAAAAAAAAACCCAACCCAGAAGAAUAUGUACACUGGAACCGUAGUGAUAGCUUUCAGUAUUGUAAAGAGAUUGUUAUAUACAAACCUUUUUGCUGUUUAUCCUGUAUGUAAUAAAAGUCCUUUCUAGAUCCUAUGUGAAAAGAAAAGUGGAGCGGCUCUGAAUCUUCAGCAUGUUUCCUCAUCAGCGAAGACUUGUGUAAUGUAAAUUGUGCCAUGUUAUUAAAAAAUGUGAACUAAA